AUGAAGCAUCUUGCGAGCCUCCUCCUCUUGGCUGCCACGGCCGCUGCGACCCAAGCCUUGAAACCGUUUUACUUGAAGACGACAAGCAACACGACUGAUGACAGUUUCUAUGUGGAUGUCGACAAUAUCAACACCAGCGAAAGCUAUGCGAUGCUCACCAAGGACCACAACUCGGCACUGCCCUUCUUCUGGGGAAUGGGAGCGACCACCAGAUUCAAUCCCUACAAGGCAAGCCGCGUGAUGAUCACCGACCAUGCCCAAGGCCCGGACUUCACGGUUGACGAGGAAGGCAACGUGGGUACCACGAACCCCAGUUUCGAUGGGUGGCUCGCGGCUGGAGACUCGCCAAGCGAGUUCUUUACAUUUGCGCCUGGUUCUUCUGUACCACACCAAGCCCAGCACUACCACAAGUGA